GUGGAAAACAAAGUGAAAAUAAGAGAGCGAGCAAAGGGAGUGCCAUAGCAGAAAUCAUCUCUUUCGGUUUAGCAGCUUUUUUGGAGUGUUGCAGCCAUGUCUGUACCAGCUAUGGAUUCGUUUAAGACCGUCCUAAAAUUCCUCACCAACCAGAAGACCACUAUUGGCUACAGCUUCAUGGCUAUUUUGACAAUAGGUAGUGAACGAAUUUUCUCCAUGGUGUCUUUCCAGUGUCCGUGCAACCGUAGACAAAAUUUUGCCUAUGGAUUAACUUUUCUGAUCGGCCCUGCUGUUGUCUUGCUGGCGAUUGGACUCUUUGUUAGUACACGUCUUUGGCGGUUAUGUACUGGGUGUUGUCUCGACCCUUUCAAACUCUGCCCCAGGGGUAACUUUAUGGGAUGCUUGCAGGUGUUUGUAAAAGUGCUAUCUGGAGCCUGCAUUGCCCCUGUCAUGUGGCUUAGUGUAGCACUGUUAAAUGGAACUUUUUAUGAGUGUGCUGUUAGUGGCCUGGAUGAAAAUGUGGUGGUGCAAAUUUUCUGCAAAAACAAGACACGUGCAUGCCAGGACGAGCUCCCCCGAGUGCCCUGCAGCAAGUCCCAACUGCCUCCGAAUGAAAAUACGGAACUGCUGCUGAUGUUAAGAGCCCAGUCACAGAUCCUCGGCUGGUCCAUCAUUAUCAUAUCGGCAACAGUAGCCCUAAUUGGAACUUGCUUUAAGAACUGUCGCUCUCAAGUAAGCUACCUUCAGUUAACCUUCCAGAAGAUCUACAUGGAGAAGGAGAAGCAAAAUUUUGAGGUGUUUGCAGAAGAUUAUGCCAACAAACUGGCAGAGAGAAAUCUCAAGAGUUUCUUUGAUAACAAAAAUCCCGAACCAUUUCCCUUUCCAAAUCACAAGGCCUGGGAGGAGAUCUCUACUAUAUACACUUUUAAAAAAAGUGAACAGUACUACAGCACGCUGCAGAGAUACGUGGAGCGCGCAGAUCGGGACUUCAGCCCUGAGAAGCGUCCUGUUCUAGAGGGGCAAGAUGGCAUCGAGAUGACAUAGAACACUGCAUGGACUGGUAACUGGAAUUAGAAAAGUAGAGCCUAGAAUAUGACCUUGAAGACAACAAGCCACUGUGAAUCAAGACCUAGUUGUACCAAGGCCUACAACCUGUAUUGAAAGUGUUGUAAUGACAGUUUUUGGACAUUUUGUUUUGUCCAUUAAGGAAGUGGUUGUGGCACUAUUCAAACUGCAAGUUCUUACAGUUUUAUACCUUUAUAUCAGUAAACCAAUACAGAUCUCAGUCCCUAAAGAGAUGUUGACAGAUUUGUGUGACACUUUCCACAACAACAUCCAAUUUCCAUACUGCUUGAAUGCUGCAUUUCAGGUUUUACAAAGUCAAAAAAGGGAAAGAAAAAAAAAACACUUAUUCUCAGGGCAUUUGUCAUUCAGGCCUUGUGCACUCUUUGAACCGGUAGCUCUCUUAUUCCUUUCUAAAUUUUAAAAUCUUUUUCACCAUAUCCUUACAAAACAGGCAGUGUUUUUGAUACACUUUUAUGCAUGAUAAUCUCAAAAGAUUUUGGUACUGAUAAGUAACUGUACAGCACAAUAUUAAUUAAAAUCUACAAUAAGGUCACAUUGUAUUCAUGUCAAAAUAAAAAACUUGUAAACCGCAAUGCUUAUUUCCUCUGCUGGUUUUAAGCAGAAGAUUUGACAAACAGGAAACCCACAUUCUGAGUGCCCAACACUCAUUUCUUCAGUAGUUUUGAUCCACAGAUCAGCUCUGAAUAAGGCCCUUGUGAUCAAAACGAGUUUCUCUUUGCAUAGCUUUUCAAAACUACUACUACACUAGCACUACUACAGAAUGUCACAAAUAUUAUAUAUAGUAAGGUGGUGGUUUCCGGCAUGUCUGUGGUAUGCAUUUCCUGUACUGUUGUGAAAGAGAAGUAAAUACUCAGGUUAAUAGUAAGUGAUAAAAUUACCAAAAACAUUAAUGUAUAUUAAAUGUUAGUUUAAAGUUAAAGUUGAGUGUGCAAAAAUAUUGCUUAGAAGUAACCAAAUGUAGCCAAAUAACUAAUGACAUUAAAAUUGAGUCAGAGCCACAGUCUUGCCCUUGUGUACAAAGCAAUGAGAUAUAGUGGCUGACCUGAGUCUUGACUCAAGGUCCUUUCCUUUAAAAGCAAAGGCACAGGGGUAACACUUUAUUUUAAGGUGUCCUUGUAACACGUUACAUGUACUUACUAUUAUAAUAACAAUAAAUUAUGCAUAAUUACAAGCAAUUAACCCUAAACCAAAGCCUCAUCCUACUCACAUGUAGUUAAUUAAUAUUACUCAGCACUUAUAUGAUAUGAAUAUAAGUGAAUAUGAAUAUAAUUUAUAUUAUAUAUAAAUUAUUUACAUGCAUGUGUGUGUAUUUAUAUAUGCAUAAUAGAUAUACACAGUACACACACAUUAUAUUAUGUAAACAAAAACUUUUGUUUUGGAUGCAAUUAAUUGCGAUUAAUCGUUUGACAGCAUUAAUAAUUACACUGUAACAAGGACACCUUCAAAUAAAGUGUAACCGGCACAGGCAAUGGCAAAGGCAAAAAAAAAACAAUCUAAAUAAACUUAGUAAAAAAGUUGUACUAACAAAAGCUGUUAUAAUACAGUUACAGUUGUGGGUUUGUACCCAGAAUAUUAAUGAAUCGUUCACUAAACGGAACUAUAAAUGACAGCGAGGAACUACGAUAAGAACUACAAUGACAAGCACACAGUCCAUCUACCUAUUUUGAUUUAAAUGUAACAGACAAAUACACAAAAUGUUUUGCUUGUAUGUAAAAGUAACGCAUGUACAUAAAACCUGUUAAACUGUUUAUUUAUAUAUAUAUAUAUAAUACUUUUUGUAUUUGUUUCUUUCCUUGCUCUACGUAUUUAUACUUUAUUUUAACAUUUGCAUUUAUAUUAUGUAUAUUGUUUAGGCUUUCACAAAAAUACAGAAAAUUUACCCUCUUCUACCCUGCUGAAAAAGGCAGCCUAGUCUAUCCUAGUUUGUUCAGCUGGUAAAUGACCAAUUAAAAUGCAUCGCUGGUUAACAGUAUAAGGUGCGUUUGUAAGCUUAGCCUCUUCCAAGCCUUACCAUGAUGGCGGUGGUCAAGUUGAUCUAACUGUAACAAUAACAGCCUGUGCCAGUUGCUACCUACCUAAAGCUGACAAGGCUUAAACCUAGUCCCAGACUAAAGUGCAAGUCUGAGCUGUUUUAACUGAAGGAAACUUGCACUGACUGAUCUUAAAAUAUAUCAGUGCCUUUGUUUUGUCUUGAGAUGCACACCAGUAAUGCAUGUUAAUAAAGGCAUGUUAAUAAAAAUUACUUAAAUUUCCUAAUUGAACAAUGGCCUAAUCCCGGUUUAGUCUAAACCCUGUCUGUGAAACCGGGCCAAAGUGUAUUAAGUGAAUUUAAGAUGGUCCAAACUGGUCUAAGCUGUUUCAACAGGCAAAACCAUAUCCAGAAUAAGGAAAGGCCUAUAUUUUUGUUCUUGCUUGUAUAAUCAAUAAAUGCACAGUCAA